AACCUACCGGUCGCAUUUCGGCAACUUUACCAAAGGGUGUGAAAAUAACUCCGUAAAAUUGGAUGAUGCGACUAUAAAAUGACAUCGUAAAUUCGAACAAAGUCCUGUUGAGCGAGGAAUGUACCAAUACUGCUCCGCGUUUGUGAUCCCGCGAAAAUUUUGAUUUUACUUUUAAGGGAAAAAAAAAAAAAAAAGAAGAGGAGAAAUUACAAAUUUGAAAGACACACAUAUAUUACAUGUGCGCAAUUUCAGCACUCACACGAAAAGCACUCUCAGAAUUCCUUAAAAAAGACCUCGACUCCAUCACCACCGUCUUAAGGUCCAUUCUUAUUUCAAGCUCUUUGUUCAGGCUUCUGCAUUUUCGAGUUCUAAGGCUUUGCUGAUUAUAUAAAAAGGUAUAGACAACUUGUUCAGAGACGAUAAAAUGGGUGUAAAUGAGUUAAAGGAGGCUUUAAUCUUUCUCUGCAAAGGAGAAUUCUGGAGAAUGGCUGUUCUUUGGACUCUCUCUCUCAUCAUUUCCUACUUGCGGCUGUUUGCCCACAGCCUAUUCUUGGGAAAAUCCAAAUUCAGUGAUCGUUCUUCACCUUCACUGCCUACAACAUCAUCUGAUCCUGCUACUGCUUCUAUCAGAAAGCCUAUCUGCAUAAUUACCGGUGCCACAUCUGGUUUGGGUGCUGCAGCUGCCUAUGCCCUUGCUAAAGAAGGCUAUUAUGUUGUUCUUGCUGGAAGAUCUUUGCACUCGUUGUCAAAGAUUGUUUCUGAUAUCAAAGAACAGCUAGAUGAUGCUUGUGUAAAAGCUUUUCAGGUUGAUUUGUCAUCAUACAAGUCAAUCUUGAGCUUCAAACACUCCCUUCAACAGUGGCUGUUGGACUCAGACAUGCAUUGCUCUGUCCAGGUCCUAAUAAAUAAUGCUGGAAUCCUUGCGACAUCAUAUAGAAUCACUGCAGAGCAAUGUGAUCAGAUGAUGUCAACUAAUUAUAUUGGUCCAUUUUGUCUUACAAAACUGCUUUUGCCGCUUCUAGAACAGAGUCCUAUCCCUUCUCGUGUUGUUAAUGUUACAUCAUUCACGCAUCGGAAUGUGUCUAGCAUGGAGGUCACGGGAGAAACAAUAUCUGGGAAGUAUUUUUCAAAAUUAAGUUCCUACCCAUUUGCUCAUGUAUAUGAGUAUUCUAAAUUAUGCCUUCUGCUCUUGACAUAUGAGCUUCAUCGACGAGUUGGUCUGGUGGAGAAAUCUCAGAAUGUCUCUGUCAUUGCUGUAGAUCCUGGAGUAGUGAAAACCAACAUUAUGCGAGAAAUUCCUUCAUGCCUCUCAUGGUUGGCGUUUUCCGCUUCGAAACUUUUGGGGCUUUUGCAAUCUCCUGAAGUAGGAGUCCGCUCUGUUCUUGAUGCAGUUCAUGCGCCACCAGAAACCUCAGGAGUAUACUUCUUUGGAGGAAAUGGUAGAACUCUAAGAUCUUCUCAGCUUUCUUACAACUCCAAACUUGCAAAGGGUCUUUGGGAUACGUCGUCUCAAAUUCAUCUUGAAUUUCAGCUUGCUUCUCAAGGGAACUUGGAGAACAAUUAGAUGAACUAUUUCAGGGUCAAGCUUCAAAGAGUUGAUUCUCUUCUAUGGGCCAAGCUUGUGGAAAUUCUUCUCGAACUCAGGACUUCUGUCUACUCUGAUACCAUAUUAAAAUGUGUAGCCAUCCCAUCUAAAAGUUUAAACUGUUAAGGAGUAUACACUUUUCUUUAGUUAGUUAUGUUUUCAAUAAUAUUCAACCAAUUCCAACA